AUGGGAUUCUUUGCCAAGUGGAAUAGCUUACCGGUAAGGGUAAGAUAUUAUAUCGGUGGGUCUACAUUUGCCUUUGCUUUAAUUGGUGACUACGUUACGGGAAGGGUUAAUGAUGAAGUUAAGCAAAGAGAGAUUGCGCUGAACAAAUUGCAAGAGGAAGUAAGUCUGUCUAAAUAA